AUGUUACAGCGCGCUCUUCAACUGAUAAUUGGACUCUCGAUCCUGGCAUGCAUCCAAGCAGGUCUCAUUUGUCCUUUGUGUGGAAGCGUCAGCAAGGUUCCAACGAGAUGGGAUCAUGUCGUCAGCCGCAGCCCCUACAAGACGUGCAGAACUGUCUAUUUCGAGUUGGCCAUGAGACCUAUCAACCAUCCAACCUGUGCGCCCAUGCAAAGACAAUAUCAGGCAGCAUGCUGCAAUGCCGCACCAGCCCCAGCCCCAGCUCCCAUCCCUGCUGCAAGCAGCGGCGGUCACCCAUACUGCAGAAUUUGCGGUAACGAUGACUAUCCUGGAAAUCCAAAUGCAAUGAUAUCUGCUCGAUACGUCGGAACCUACUCCUGCCAUAGUUUGUUUCAGAGAGGAAAGAACGGGCAGAUCCCAGGAUUCAUGUGUGGGCCUCUGCAAGAUCGUAUUCACAACAAGUGCGGCUGUGGCCAAAAGCCACCUACCAACCGACCAACUCCACCACCUGUUCCUAGACCAACACCCCGGCCUACCCGCAGACCAACACAGCAGCCUACCCGCAGACCAACCCCACGUCCUACACGGAGGCCAACACCCCAACCUACUCGUAGACCAACGGCACGCCCCACCCACAGACCAACGCCGCAGCCGACACCAAAUCCAACUCCAGAGCCCACGGACCAACCAAGCGUCGCACCAUCCAAGGCCCCAACCGAAAUACCAUCUUCUGCGCCUACGAAUAAGCCAACCAGAGCACCCACUUCAUCGCCUUCGGUGUCCCCAACAGAAGCUCCGUCCAACCAGUACGGGCGAAAGAACGGAGAUGAGACCGGCAAAGACGAUCUUCGACUCGAUCGAAGGCAGUACCGCAAUGCUGGAGGACAACGUGGUUUGAGGAAUCAACAAGGAGAGGAGGGCAACGAUGUUCCUGCCGAGAACUAG